CCGCCACCCGUCAGAAUACGAACAUUAGUUCUCUUUGCCCUUCAGUUCAAAACGAACCACACUCUUCUCUUCUCCUCCCACCAUCUCUUCACACUGCGCUGCGCCGCGACUAUGGCACCCGCAUCUCAUUUCAUCUCCGAGGCUAUGAGCAAUGUAUUCAGGAAGCCGCAAGCUCUGUUCCACAAGCGGUCCUCAUCACGCUCGAGGUCGCGGGAUCGCACGUCGACGGUCCAAUCGAGGAUAUCAUCGCCUGACCGUCCGGAGAGCUCGAAUGUCUUGCAGAGGAGCACGCGGGUCGUUGCGAUGCAGAAUCAGUCGGCGGUAACUGAAGUGAACGAUCCCAAAGGCAUAGCUAGCGCUCCAGCUCAGGUGAUCGAGGAUGCAUGCGAGAACAGCGUACCUGACGAACUAUCACAAAUCGGUCUCCCGCAGGAUAGUGUACCAAACGCUGGCUACGUCAAGCUGGAUCCGAUCGUUGAACAGUCUCAUAGUGAUGUUUCCGCGCAUAUCGAGGCACUUCGAGCCUCAGACCAUGAGAACAGUAGUGUCGCUAGCGAUAUUGUCACUAUCGGACAUGGGUCAGUCAAGGAACCUGCGUUCAACGGGUUCACGGUACCACUCGCUAUGGAGGAUACCAAGGCGCAUUUAGUUCACGAUGUGCCAGCUACCCGUCCUACGUCGCCAUCGGAAGCGGAUACUGCGGAUUCUGUUGACGUUGCAACAGAAAUCCAAGCGAAUGCUGGAGGUGACGAGGCCGCCGUUUCUUAUGAAGGCGCGAAGGCGUCCCCAGACGCGACGGAUGCGCAGGCUCCAGAUGUCAUCCAUUCUAUCAUAACCCCCAGCGGACAACCUCAAUAUAAGCGCGAUCUCUCCCUUGCUUCUUUCGGAUCUUCCUAUCCUCAUUCUCUUGACGAGGUGAAAUCCUCCGAUAAACCCCCUGAACCUGUCCUUCCCGCUCGCCAAGAUGGUUCUCGGAUAUCUCACCUGCCACCAGCUGUCAUGCCAGGUGAUCAAGGUGGCGAGGUGGAUUCUGAGCCAACGCCUGUCCUUCCUACAACAGAAAACCAUUUUUUUCUUCGGGUCGAAGAACACACUAUUGAGCCGCUGGGUCUACCGCUCCCGUCGACAUACGCAGAGGCAACGAAUCUUGCCAUGAAGUACCCUGAGAUAGCAGAUCAAAUCCUUAAGCUCCCCUUGUCCACGACUCACAGUGACGAGAGCGAUGCCAUCAAGACCGGUCGUGAUGCCUCCACUAACUCGCAUUCUACAUCGCCAGAUCGCCUGGAGGAUGAAAGCCGUGGACGAGCGAGAGGUCCUACGCAUACAACUGAGCGGCCUAACUGGGCUUUGGCUCCAAACGACGAUCAGGCUCAGCCCCGCUCACCAUCUCGCCCCGAGUCGGCAUCCUACGGGCGUCGCAAGGGGAAAGGGAAGGGCAAAGGACGCAGAGGACGACAACAAGGCAUGAGCAGCAACAACGUCAGUCCAGAGCGCGGUCGUACGUCAACUCCAGACUGGGCCACAUACAGCACCGGACAGGAGCAUGUCGAGGAUCUGAUUGCAGCUAUGAGGCCGCAGAAUCAGGCGGGUAGACAGCGCUCAUCGAACGAUCAGGAUGGCAUGGCGAAGAUUAUGCAGAAGCUGAAUGAGCUGCAUACGAUAGAGCAGGCGGUAGGGAGCAACAUCAGAGCGACAUUUGAUAGACACAACUUCUCUGGUGCGCCCUCUAGCAGCGGAAUAUCGUCGCGCUCGUCGAGCGUUGGGCCGACAAGAGCGAGAUUGGCAGCGCUCGCUCCGGAACUUGCGCUACAACCUGCUGAUCUCCUUACUGCUGCGAAUGAUGUGCCGCUCCUGCAGAGGCUGUCGCCUACUCGCGUUUCCGGUGCCAACAGUGCAGCGUUGCUUGCCGCCGGACUCACACCAUCUCAAGUCAAGCGUACCAACUUGAAGGCCGUCGAGCAAUUAACUCCUGUCGGCGGCAGCUUGCUAUCUCGGAUUGGAAGCUAUGCUACGGAAGAAGUAUUUGCAGCUGCCCCUGCGUCUCAGAGCGAAGGUACGAUGCGUCGCUCUAGUAACACCAGAUGGGACGUUACGAAGGAUAUGGGUGGGCGCUAUCGGAGUCGGCAGGACAACAGUGGUUCCUCUCAGUGGCGUUCGCGCUUAUCCUCUUCUCCACACAAAGCUUCUGGAACCGCUAGCUUUGUAUCUCCUGAUGAAGAGUUCGAAGGGCCUGCGAGGGAUCCAUGGUCUUCUCUCGGACAAAGUGGGAUGACGUCUUUUGGCCCUAGCUUGCCGCCUAUCCUAGCCGGGGGAGAGCCUAGUGCAGAGGCUCCGCAAGGUGUUUUGCCGUCGGGAAUAUCGACGUCCUGGACGACUUCGCUAGACAAUGACAGACGGGGAGGCGCGAACCGAGCAUCAACCGCGCGUCGAGCUUUGCAUCCCUCCGAGACAAAGUGAACCCUGCUGACUGGGAUAGACCGCGCAACUAUCCACCUAGCGCAUAUCCGCAGAGCAGGCUCCGCGGUACGCCAUCUUCGUCCA